CAACGCCAUCUGUUACCAGAAGCAGAACAAAACGCCAGUGCGGUUCACACUUUUGCAAACAGACACACGAAAGCGUUUGUAUUCUACCCGACGAAUCGCGAACACGCCGUGCCAGGCGAUGGCUGGCCGGAGCAGCAGCCUCUCCAUGGUCUCCGCGCACCGGCUCUUCGCCCCCGCGCGGUCGCUCCAGCACGCGGCCGACCCGCCGCCGGCCCUGGAGCUCGACGAGGCCGACAUCAUCUGGGGCGGGGGCGGGGCGUCGGCGUCGUCCUCGCCGGUCGACACCUACGGGCGGACCCUGUCGUCCAUGUCGUCGACGCCUUCCAAGGCCUCCAAACCGCGCGCCGCGGCGCCGCGGGACGUCGCUGGCGGGCCGGCGUCGCUGCCGGUGGACAUCCCGGACUGGUCGAAGAUCCUCGGCCCGGAGUACACCGGCGGGGGCAGCAGCGCGGGGCGGUGGCCGUCCGACGAGCGCGGCGGGGACGCGUACCUGGACCGCGGCGAGGGCGGCGGCGGCCGGCAGUGGGUGCCGCCCCACGAGCAGCUCAUGUGCCGGGAGCGCGCGGCGGCGUCCUUCUCCGUGCGCGAGGGCGCCGGGCGCACGCUCAAGGGCCGCGACCUCCGCCGCGUCCGCAACGCCAUCUGGGAGAAGACCGGCUUCCAGGACUGAUCUGAUGAUUUCGAUCCCCCAGAUUCACCCUGGAAGAACGAACGAGAGGACGGACGAUCGGUCGUUUCCGUUCCGUUCCGCCUUAUGGAUUAUUGAUUUGAUGAGUUCUUUCUUCUUCUUUUUCUCUUUGAUUUUUUUUCACUACUACUAGUAGUUGUGAUCGAUGGUGAGAUGCAGAGGAGAGGGUACGUAGAGAUUGGUCAAGCCUCUGGUUUUGGCAGUUUUUCCCGGAGAGGCUCCAUGUACUAGACUACCCACUACUACAACCAGCGAAUCAAUGGCUUAUGGCUCGUUAACAAGAUGAUUAGUACGAGUACGUGCUGCUAGUACUGGAUACCGCCAUGUGAUGUUCACUAAUU